CGUCACAGUACAGGAACCGGAAGUCUGUAGAAGGGAACAGAGAGAAGUAGCUCGACAGCGGCUAGCAGCCGAGCCCUUUGUUUUUAUUUAGGAUUUGAUUAAAAAUACGAGAAUGUGGCUGUUUUAGCGAAAAUCCUGUGUUGGAGGUGGACUAUUGUGAAAGGAGGCACCGUACAGCAGUUAAUCUCCCGAGUAAUAAGGCGUUUUGUUUGACGUGAGAAGCGCUUUCGGUUCUUUGUGUCGCUCCUGUGUCGGUAGUUCAGUUAAAGCUCUCUGUUCGUUUCUGUUCGAGCGAUUCAGCUUUAGCCGCAAACAAGCUCGACCUCUUCUACCCAUGGCCUUGUCUGCUUCUCACUAGGAAGAAUAUACCUGUACCCUACAGUUUGUUUCCGCAGUAUUUUCUUCUCGACAACAUCUGUUACUUUUGAGUCGGAGCUCUUAGGUUGUGACAUCUAAGUACUGAAUAAUGUACGCCCCGCCGGGACCUGCUCUUCCUGGAGCCCGCAGAAGGAGAGGAGGAACGGCUCUGCCCAAACAGCCCGAGCGGAGUCUGGCGUCUGCACUGCCCGGUGCACUGUCCAUCACCGCCCUGUGUACAGCCCUGGCUGAGCCAGCAUGGUUACGGGUGCAUGGAGGAACCUGUCCCAGACAGGAGCUUGGAGUGGCUGAUGUUCUGGGAUACAUAGACGAGCAACUUAUCAAAGACUACUGCAUUAAUUCCCAGACCAUCCUGCUGUUGCGGGUUAUUGCUGCCUUUUGUUUCCUGGGUAUUUUAUGUAGCCUGACAGCUUUUCUACUGGAUGUCUUUGGGCCCAAACACCCUGCUCUCAAGAUUACACGCCGAUAUGCCUUUGCUCACAUUCUUACAGUGCUCCAGUGUGCCACUGUGAUUGGCUUCUGCUACUGGGCCUCAGAGCUCAUCCUCUCCCUCCAGCAGCAACACAAGAAGUAUCAUGGUUCUCUCAUCUAUGUCACUUUUGCCAUCAGCUUCUACCUGGUGGCUGGAGCUGGAGGAGCUUCCAUAUUAGCCACGGCUGCCAGCCUGCUCCGCCAUUACCCCACUGAGGAAGAGGAGCAGGCCCUAGAGCUCCUCUCAGAAAUGGAGGAGAGCAGUGAAACUUUCCCUGCUGACUACGAUAUUGCCAACCAGUUCCAGCCUCCACCUGCUUACACACCAUGAUCCAGCAUCAAAUACCAGCAUCCUUAUUCCUUUGAUGUGUAUACUGCCCUUCAUGCUUCAGGUACCACCGUCAAGCUUCAAACAAAUCAUGGACUGAGAGAUAUGCAGAUUCUAAUUGCCAAGUCAUAAAUUACCUGCAUAGGCCUAUAACGUACAAUAUUACGUCAUAUGCAAAGAUUUGUUCCAUAUUCAUGCACAGACUUAAAGUAGCGUUUCUGCUAUUGCUUCAGUGCAUGGAACAAAUUGAUGAGUUUCGUUGCGGCAGUGCUUCUAGAAUUGCUGAUCACCGUGAAAAGUUAAUCUUUCCUUGCGGUAGUUUGCAUGUGUAUGCCAGAAAAGGCCUGAGUCCCAUACAGAACUCCUUUAAAAACGCUUGGUCUAAAGUGAUACGCUUUAACAUGCACUCAUGUAAAACGGAGCAUUUCAGCACCAUGUGUUUUGUCAUACAGUUUUUCUGGCUGCUUUUUUCUGGGCACUUUAAAUUGUGGGCUUUUAGAUUUUUUUCCUGAAUCACAGGUCUGUCAGCUCCUCUUUACAUUCCACCUGUACGACGCUCCACAUUGCAGGCUUUUGAGGCAUCAUUAUACUAAAUACCCUCUUUUAAGUUUGUGUAAUAUUGUUCAGCUGGUGGCAUGUACAACUGCUGGUUGGUCACUUCAUGCAGUUGCAGCGUUAACAUCUAACCAGCCUGAUUUAAUUGAGUGACAUUUUAUUAAUAUCCGAGUGGCCCACAAAAUAUAAUUACUUGUUUCUUUUUGCGAACACUGGUAACUUAAUGGUGCCCUAUAUAUGGCAUUUUAUAUUUGUUUCAUAUUUCAUUAUGUAACACAUUCUCAUCAACUUAAAUUUUAAUAUAAAUUUUUGACUCCUGAAUUCUUCAUAAUUUCCCCUGAGUUGGCAGUUUGACUUGCUGAAGAUGAAUGACAUAUUUUUUUAAUUUAUUAUUUGACUGCAUAGUUUAGUUUUAAAAUGUCAGCAAGUUAAUUCAUUUUUCAGUCUUGUGGAGAUUUUAAAUUAUUUUCACUAGCUGGUUAGUUAUUGAGUGAGUUGACUUGCACAUAUACCCCAGAGAGCACAGGCUAUUUAUUUUACAUUUUUAUAUUGUUAACUAUUCACGUAUAGUGAGCAUUGACUAAGCUCUCUGUGGGGCAACCAGUUUUAUCAAAUUUGUUGACUGUAAUUUGGAAGUGUUCCAGUUUGCCAACCUAUUGGGAGUGUGUUCUUUUUGUUUGAGGUUUUAAUUAUAUAUCUGUUUAUCCUUUUUGUGUGUGUAAUUUGCGUGCUUUGGUAGUGUUAGUGCGAUUAAGGAUGUCCGAACUUGCCACUUUCGCGACACAGUGAAAUCAAUGCAAAUUACAAGUCAUGGUUUUAUUCACUUAUAUGGUUUUAUUACACUUUCACAGUCUAAUUUAGCCUGAUCUGCUGAAAUCACUUAUUGUUAAGUCAUUUUUUGAUAUGUACACUGUCACGGCAUGCCCUGACAAUUUGAUACCGUACUUGUGUUUACUCAGUGGACGUUAGCAAUCUGAUUGUAAACGUUUUGUUCAAUUUUACACACUUGUUUUUUUCUUCUUGAUAUUGGGGUGGUUUGUGGACGUUCUACUAUGUUUAGUUUCUCCUUAAUUUCUGUAGCUGUACCAUUAACAUGUAAAAAUGAAUAAAUGAUUUGAUGUUUUUUGUGGUA